GCAGCCAGCACAUCGAAAGCGGCCUAUGAGAGCAAUGAAAAUGCUCGCCUGGCCCGCUCCGAAAUUGACGCGCUGACGAUGGAGAUCUCGCGGCUGCGCGAGGCAGUUACUCGGGCUGAGGCGUCGAAGGCGGCUGCCGAUCGUGAGUCCACCCACUGUCAAAUUGAUGUGGAACAACUGCGCGCCCAGUUGGAUGACAAUGAGGCCGAACUUGCGCGGUUAAAGGAUCAGCUGGCGACAGAAAGAGAAAACUCCCGGAACCUGCGCGUCCUUCUGCAAUCUAGUAAGGAGAAGGAGCAUGUUGUUGCGAUGGAUGCACAGGAAAAGACCAAUGAGAUCAUCCUCCUGAGAGAAAGAGCAGUUAAUGCAGAAGAGAGAGCCGAGUCGCAACAACGCGAAGUAGAACGAUUGUACGAACGCCUUUCUGAAACGGAAAGAGAGGCCACACGCCUUUCAAGAAGUCUAUCAACAGAGCGAUUCGAGAAGGAACGUAUGCUCUCCGAAAUACGGCUUACAAAUAUGCCGACUCCCAUCAGACCAUCACCCUACAAUGCUUCCAUUGGCACAAACCGCUACGUCUGCCACUCCAUGGGUCGUCUACGUUCGCCAUUUCAAGAAAGAGAGGAUAUCUAG